AUUUGAAGUGAUCUCUAACUCUUUCCCAGACACCCUUGUUUAUAACGGUCUCGUCCGGGCUACGACCAUGUCGGCGAAGGAGAUCACUGCCGCCGGUCCAUCGACUACACCUGCAAGGACGAGCGGAAGAACUCGUGUCAAAUCUCAAAGAGCACUGGAGUCGGAACAUGUCGAACGCUUAUUUACCCUAGCCAAAAAUAGAGAGGCCAAUCCAUCGCCAGCUCGCAAUGCUUCAGCAGGUCAAGAUGAUGAUUCAUCACAGAUCAUUAUGGCAAGCAGUAGCAAAAAGGUCAAGAGCAAGCCGCCAAAAUCAAAGAGCAAGAAGAGAACGAAGAAGCAGAGCAAAGACUCCGAUACAUACUGUAUUUGUCAGAGUGAUGGAGAGGAUGGAAGACCUAUGAUUGAAUGCGGGACGUGUGAUAACUGGUUUCACUUUGAUUGCCUAGAACUCUCCGUUGACGAAGCCGAGCGCAUACACGAGUUUGUCUGCCCAGACUGUCAGACGGAGACGGGAAAGAAGACCACUCAUACCUACGACCUUGACAACUUCCCAUCACCUUCCCCGCCGCCGGGCAUCGAGAAGCCUUCAACUUCAAAAACAAGGAGGGCGAAGGCAGCUAAUUUGGAGAGCAAAGUUUCAGUGACCAGUAGCCCAUCAGUUCACUCUGUCAAAAGCUCAUCUUCCGAUGGAUCAGGUUCAGAGGUGGACUCAGUCUCUGAUUCUUCGGAUGACUCUGAUUCCGACGUGGAAGAAACUCAUAAGCCGGUCAAGAAGAAGAUCAAGACUCUGACACACAAGCCUGUCAAUUCGGUCGAUGGACGCUUGAUCAUUGGAGAUCGUCAGCCUGCCUCACAACGUUCGACCAAGGCUGGUCGUGGCGCCCCGACUCGCAAAACCCCACAGGGUGCACUCGCUCCUGCGAGAGCCUUCGUUUUAAUGAAGCUUGGCCAGGCUCUCAGUGGACUGUUCAAGGACGAGUCUCAAUCCCAGGCAGAUCAGUAUGCAAGGGAGCUCGAGCUAGGACUGUGGAAUGGAUUCAAGGAAGUCAUCAAUGGCAAGGAUACGGCGGGAAGCAAGUACAAGGGUCAGUUCACCCUUCUCAACCAAUCCCUGAACGUCGAUCUGCGACAAGAUACCUUGGCAUCGAUUCUGAAUCGAACAAUCUCCCCGGCCCAAGUCGCAAAUCUCACCAACGUUGAGCUCGCCUCGUCCGCUCGUCUCGCUGAACUGGAGGCAGCAAAACAGGAGCGACUGGCGUCCAUUGUCAAGUCCAGUAAGGAUCAAGCUGCUACCAUCCGUUUGGGUAGAGAUGGCCUUGAACGAGCAGAAGAUGCGAGAGAGAAGGAGAUGAGCGCUUUGAGAGCAGCGGAAGAAGCACAACGGGCCAAGGAGAGGGAAGCACAGAGACGGCGAGAAAUGGAAGAGUCUGGAGGUACCAUUGGAGAACUGGGAGCUGUGCCUUUACCUGAUAAGGCGGCAGAGAGCCAAAGUCCCACUGUAGCUACUCCAAAGUCGGGGCCUAGGCCGAGUGCAUCCAGUGUAUCUGGCGCACCACCUACUGGUCUCUUACCUUCGCCUCGAAAAUCUGUGUCUGAAUCACCAAAGGUCCCAGUCCAACCUCAGAGACAAUUCUCCUUGUCUUCUGCCUGGGGCGGCGCAGGUGGCGUGAGAACUGAGGAAGACGGUGGUAUCGGGUUGGGAAUGGGAGGAGGCGAUCAGUCUCAACUCGAUCUCAGUGAUAUCGCCGUGGAAGUGGUGGAUGAUGAUGAUGACCUGGGUCUUGUCGGGAACAUUGGCGAGGGCGGGUCAAGGCAGAAGAGCGAGAUAGAGCUUUUCAACGCAAAACCAGUGAUCUGGUCUGGAGCGAUCGUCAAUCCCGCCAAAUCCUCUCCUCAUGCACCACCAGUACAAGUCCGACACAUCUCAGCUAGACACGUCGCUCCCAUUUGGACCGCUCUACUCCCCACCAGCCCCGUUGAGAUCACAGGUCGAGUACCCACUACAGCAUCAACUCAAUACCUUGAGACAUCCCGAAUGACACCAACAAAAGAGCUCAUCGUCGUGGCUAUGACUUUGGACCCUUCUGCCUCAGAUUCCCAAAAGGCAGAAUGGGCAGAGAUGAUAAACUUUCACAUUCAGAAAGACCGACAUGCAUUGAUCCACCCGUAUGGUACGGGGAGAGAUGCAAAAGCUGUUCCACCUGGUGGCGCUAGAGAAUUGUACCUGAUUCCACUCCGUCCUUCUGAUCCAUCGCCAAGUUUUACAGACUUGAUUGAUGGCUACGCUUUACCGAAAGAAGGGAGAACAGAAUCAUUGUUCGUCGGCGUUUUCAUAACCAAUCGUACACCUACCCCAAUGCCUGCUCCUCCUCCCAAGAACUCCGCUCCGAUUCAAGUCCAAAGACCUACACCUCCUGUGAAUGUACCCGCUCCGCCUCUACCUUCCAUCGAGACUCAAAAGCUACAAGCUUUGAUGGCAAGUCUGAAUCCUCAAGCCUUGCAGGGCGUCCUUGGCGGUAUCACCCCUCCAGGAUCACAGGGAUCAAGCACCCCGCAACCGUCUUACUCUGGUCCGCAUCCUUCGUACUACGGACAACCGGACGAACCUCGGUAUGGCCAACCUGGUCAAUAUCCACCUUAUCAUUCGGAGUACAAUGCACGAGAUGGCCUCGGAGCAUAUCAGGGGUAUGAUGAAAGACAUAACCCAUAUGAUGCGGGAAGGUCAGGGGAUUCCAGAGGUGGCGAUCGACGCGGACCUUCAGAUUGGGAGAGGGAGAGGGAGAGGGAUCAAGGGUGGGGUUCACGAGGACAACGAGGGGCUUGAAACGAGGGCGAGGUAAUCACGGUCGAGUCUGUUCAA